UAUAAAUAAGAUCAAAUGGAACGGCUCUCUCCUCAUCAUAUCUCGCAUGAAAUAUACCAGGUUUCGUGUUUUGUGUAGGCGUAUAAGAAUUGAAGCUGUUUUGUUGGGAGUUGGGAUUAGGUGCAUCAAUUGACUGUGGCAUUAUAGCAUAUUAAGAGAAAGCAACAAAAUGUGGAGGCUGAAGAUAGCAGAUGGUGGAAAAGACCCAUACAUUUUCAGCACAAACAAUUUUGUAGGAAGACAGACAUGGGAGUUUGAUCCUGAGGCAGGAACUCCAGAGGAACGAGCUCAAGUUGAAGCAGCUCGUCAAAAUUUUUAUAACAAUCGCUUCAAGGUCAAGGCAUGUGGUGAUCUCCUUUGGCGUUUUCAGAUUCUGAGAGAAAAAAACUUCAAACAAUCAAUACCUAGUGUGAAGAUAGAAGAUGGAGAAGAAAUAACAUACGAAAAAGUCAUAAGCACGUUGAGAAGAGCCGCACACCACCUAUCAGCAUUGCAGACCAGUGAUGGCCAUUGGCCUGCACAAAUUGCAGGUCCUCUGUUUUUUCUGCCUCCUUUGGUUUUUUGUAUGUACAUUACAGGGCAUCUUGAUUUGGUAUUCCCAGAAGAGUAUCGAAAAGAGAUUCUCCGUUACAUAUACUAUCACCAGAAUGAAGAUGGAGGAUGGGGACUACACAUAGAGGGUCAUAGCACCAUGUUUGGUACUACACUAAACUAUAUAUGUAUGCGAAUUCUUGGAGAAGGGCCUAAUGGAGGUCAUGAAAAUGCAUGUGCUAGAGGAAAAAAGUGGAUUCAUGAUCAUGGUGGUGUAACACACAUCCCUUCAUGGGGGAAAACUUGGCUUUCGAUACUUGGUGUAUUUGAUUGGUGUGGAAGCAACCCAAUGCCCCCAGAGUUUUGGAUUAUUCCUUCGUUUCUUCCUAUGCAUCCAGCUAAAAUGUGGUGUUAUUGUCGAUUGGUAUAUAUGCCUAUGUCUUACUUAUAUGGGAAAAGGUUUGUGGGUCCAAUCACACCACUCAUCUUACAAUUGAGAGAAGAGCUCUUUACUCAGCCUUAUGAAAAAGUUAAUUGGAAAAAAGUGCGUCAUCAAUGUGCAAAGGAAGAUCUUUAUUAUCCUCAUUCUUUGAUACAAGACCUAGUAUGGGACAGUCUAUACAUGUUUACUGAGCCACUACUUACUUGUUGGCCUUUCAACAAACUAAUUAGAGAAAAGGCCCUUCAAGUAACAAUGAACCAUAUUCAUUACGAAGAUGAGAAUAGUCGAUACAUAACUAUUGGGUGUGUGGAAAAGGUUCUAUGUAUGCUUGCUUGUUGGGUUGAAGAUCCACAGGGAGAUGCCUUUAAGAAGCAUCUUGCAAGGGUCUCAGAUUACUUAUGGGUUUCUGAAGAUGGAAUGACCAUGCAAAGUUUUGGUAGUCAAGAAUGGGAUGCUGGUUUUGCAGUUCAAGCUUUGCUUGCAACUAAGCUAAUUGACGAAAUUGGCCAUUCACUUGCAAAAGGGCAUGAUUUCAUCAAGAAGUCUCAGGUGAGAGACAACCCUUCAGGAGAUUUUAAGAGUAUGUAUCGUCAUAUUACUAAAGGGUCUUGGACAUUCUCAGAUCAAGACCAUGGAUGGCAAGUUUCUGAUUGCACUGCAGAAGGUUUAAAGUGUUGUCUUCUUCUAUCAAAGUUGUCACCAGAGAUUGUGGGAGAAAAAGUGAAACCUGAAAGAUUUUAUGAUUCAGUCAAUAUCUUGUUGUCACUUCAGAGUAAAAAAGGUGGUAUAGCAGCAUGGGAACCAAUAGGAGCUCAAGAAUGGUUGGAAUUACUCAAUCCCACUGAAUUUUUUGAGGACAUUGUAAUUGAGCAUGAAUAUGUUGAGUGCACUGGAUCUGCAAUUCAAGCUUUAGUUUUGUUCCAGAAGCUAUAUCCAGAGCAUAGGAAGACAGAGAUUAAGAAUUUCAUUGUCAAUGCAGUUCAAUUCCUUGAAGAUACACAAACAACCAAUGGUUCAUGGUAUGGAUGUUGGGGAGUUUGCUACACUUAUGGCUCUUGGUUUGCACUUGGUGGUCUAGCAGCUGCCGGUAAGACUUACACUAAUUGUAAUGCCAUUCGCAAGGCUGUGAAAUUUCUACUUACAACACAGAGAGAGGAUGGUGGGUGGGGAGAGAGUUAUCUUUCAAGCCCAAAAAAGAUAUACAUACCUCUUGAAGGAAGUCGAUCAAACGUUGUACAAACAGCAUGGGCUCUUAUGGGUCUAAUUUAUGCUGGACAGUCAGAGAGAGACCUUACUCCUCUUCAUCAAGCUGCAAAGUUGCUCAUUAAUUCCCAGUUGGAAGAAGGUGAUUGGCCCCAACAGGAAAUCACUGGAGUAUUCUUGAAAAACUGCAUGAUGCAUUACCCAAUGUAUAGAAAUAUUUUUCCAAUGUGGGCUCUAGCUGAAUAUCGUAGGCGAGUUCCAUUGCCAUCCACUGAAGGUUAAUUUUGAAAAGGUGUGUGCAUAAAAGGGCAAAGACAUAUCAAUGAGGAAUGGGGCAAGAAGCACCCAUUGUCUCUUACUUGGACUCUAUUGAUCUGUAAUUUUGAAGCUUGCUUUUUAUUAUAAAAUAAAAAAUUAUUUACGCACA